CACAUCUCCAGCAUCAUUGAACACACAACAACAUAUCCAGUAACAGCGGCUCUAACAACGACUCAUCAUAUAUUAACAGAACGUACAAGUUCACCGAAUCAAGGAUUCCUUUGACAAAAUGAAGUGUUUCAUAGUGUGCUCGUUACUCGUGGUGUCGUGUUUGGCGGAGCCACCAGUUAAUAACAGGUACCUUCCUCCACAAGCGAGGAACGCGUCUCCCUCUCAGAGUUAUGGUGUUCCCGGAUUCAGUCAGAGACAGACUGAAGCUGUUUUCAGCGGGCGUCCUUCAUCUGCCUACGGACCACCUGCAAGUAUCCGGAAACCAAACUCUCAAUACGGACUACCCAAAACUCCUUCCUCUCAGUAUGGAGCACCGAACAACCAAUAUCAAGGACAAAAGCAAGCACCCACCGGCCAAUACUUACCACCAACCAGCCAAUAUCAAGCUUCGGUGAAUCAGUAUCCAGCUCCGAGCCAAUACCAAGCACCAAAGGCACAAUACUUGCCACCUGUAAAUCAAUACCAAGCACCUUCCUCUCAAUACGGUGUACCAAAUCAGGCUGGACCCAAUGGUCCCUCUCAAGAAUAUGGAGCUCCUGGAUUUGAACGAAGUGGUAGUGACAGCAAAUAUGACAACCAGCAAAGCAGACAGUACCUCCCUCCCAGUGCUCGAGGAUAUGAUGAUGGAAGCAGUGGAGAGCCCGCCAACUACGACUUCGAAUACAUGGUCCAGGACGCUCCCUCCGGCAACGACUUCGGACACCGAGAGUCACGACGAGGGGACCGCGCUGAGGGAGUCUACUACGUCGUCUUGCCUGAUGGAAGGAAACAGACGGUAGAAUAUGAAGCCGACCAGGACGGUUUCAAGCCCAGGAUCUCAUACGAAGACGUCGGCGCCGGAUCAGGCUACGAUAGUAACAGACACGCGGAUUACAACAACGAUAAUACCAACGGACCUUAUUAGAAGACUAAAUAUAAAGAAAGAUUAUUUAAGAUGAUUGUUUAUCCUUAUUUGAUAGAAAGAAGGAUCUUCUUCCCUUCCUCUAACUGAUCUGUAAAUAGUCCUCAUUCUAAAUGACGACAAGCAAUGUUAAUGGAUACCGAGUGUCUGUAUAUUUAACUUUACUUCUAUCUGUACCUUAGUCUAAUUUAUAUUUUAAGGACUUUGUUGAGGCCAGUUAUACCAAAACAUUUCUAUGUUACGGUCUUUAUUUUUGUUAAAGAUUACGUAAUGUAAUUUUGUUAAUAAAUGAUGAAGAAAAAACGUAAA